UUUGACUGACCAGCACUUAAAAGACAAUAAUGUGUUAGCGUGUUUGCAGUAAACUAGCCUAUCAUGAUUUGCGCAAUAUUAACUUUCUAUUGCUUGCUCGUUUAAUGUAGCUGACAAACUAGGAAACAAAACAACGCUAUCCGUCUUACCUGUAUUGUCUGACAAUGAGUGUGUUAUUAUUUGACUGGGCAGACAAAUGUCACUGACGUCUGCCAACACUGAAUUUGUGUUGUUGUCGUACAGGAGUUGUCAGCUCUUCCACUUUCUCAGAUUGGAUUAGUCGUUUCCAGAGGAACUGAAGCUGCGGGUGAGAGAGCUGGAAAAUGAGUUGAUAAAGUGUAAGCAGAAGCAGUGUUCCACGGAGGAUGCGCUUCAAAGACCGAAAAUUGACAAAAUGAGCGCUGAAGUGGUGGAUUCCAACCCAUACAGUCGUCUUAUGGCUUUAAAGAGGAUGGGCAUCGUGGAUGAUUAUGAGAAAAUCCGGACAUUCACAGUAGCUGUGGUUGGUGUUGGCGGAGUAGGCAGUGUGACAGCUGAAAUGCUCACAAGAUGUGGCAUUGGUAAGUUGCUCCUCUUUGACUAUGAUAAAGUAGAGCUGGCCAAUAUGAACCGACUGUUCUUCCAACCUCACCAGGCAGGCCUCAGUAAGGUGGAAGCAGCAGAACACACUCUCAGAAACAUCAAUCCAGAUGUGUCAUUUGAGACCCACAACUACAAUAUUACCACCAUGGAAAACUUUACACAUUUCAUGGAUCGCGUUAGUCAUGGAGGGCUUGAAGAAGGGAUGCCAGUAGAUUUGGUCCUGAGCUGUGUGGACAACUUUGAGGCCAGAAUGGCCAUUAAUACAGCAUGUAAUGAACUAGGUCAGAUCUGGAUGGAGUCUGGUGUCAGCGAGAACGCUGUAUCAGGACACAUCCAGCUCAUCAUUCCUGGAGAGACGGCCUGCUUUGCUUGUGCUCCUCCCCUGGUGGUGGCAGCUAACAUUGAUGAGAAGACCCUAAAGAGGGAGGGUGUCUGUGCUGCCAGCUUACCAACAACCAUGGGUGUGGUUGCAGGCAUCCUGGUCCAAAAUGUCCUCAAGUAUCUGCUGAAGUUUGGUACUGUCAGUUAUUAUCUUGGCUACAACGCCAUGCAGGACUUCUUUCCCACCAUGGCCAUGAAAGCCAACCCCCAGUGUAACGACCGCCAUUGCAGGAGACAACAGGAGGAGUACAAGAAGAAAGAAGCCGAGCGACCCAAGGAGGAAGUUGUAGAGGUAGAGGAGGAGGUUGUACACGAAGACAAUGAGUGGGGUAUUGAACUAGUAUCAGAGGUGACUGACACAGAGUUACAGGCUGCAUCAGGCAUUGUGCCUGACCUCCCAGAAGGCAUCACUGUGGCUUACACCAUUCCAGCUGAGGAUACACCAAGUGGAGAGACAGUGGGGGAGACUGAGCAGAGCCUAGAGGAGUUAAUGGCUCAGAUGAAAAAGUUGUAAUCAGCAAUCUGAAGGCACAUUUCUGCUUUUCAGAUAAAACAUGCCUUUUCUCACAUGCAUUUUCCAUUGCUUUCUUUAAUAAUAAACAAUCUAAUGAUGGCUGCUUGGGGACAAAAAAGUGAAAGCCAAUUGGUGACAACCCAGAAUUUAUUCCUUCUAACAGCUAAAAAAGGGAAAUGCAUGUAAAGUGCCACUGAUGGCAUUACUUUAGUGAAAAAAAAAAAAAAAAAG